CUCUUUCACACAUACUCGACAUAUUGAGGCGGCUGAGAGACGACCGGCAGGAUGGAGAACGAGGCUCCGCCCCGCCGCUCUGUGGCCGAACUGGCAGGAAAGUUCAAAGGUCAGGCUCCUGACCCAAGCGGCACCGUGGGGAACCAGGAAAAACCUGUGAGGCGGCGGCCGCCUCGGACCCUUCAGCUGCCGAACCCAGAGCAGAACCAGCCCACAUCAGGCGCCUCGUCUCCACCCAAACCCAAGAGGAACUCGGGUCUGAUCGAGAAGCUCCAGGCCAACCUGACACUGGGCUCGCCCACCGCCCCGCCGCUGAAGAGCCCCAGAUUGAAGAUGCUUCCUGUUGGCUUCACCCCGCCCUCUCCGGGUUCCGUACCCCCGGUUUCCAUGGUAACCCCCACCAGCCCCACCCCCACAGAAAGCCCCACCUCCUUUGAGGCUCCACCCUCAGCCACAGAGGGAAACAUCCUGCCAAGCAUCAACAAGGGCAGACCACGGGGCUCCAUCAGGCGGCGUCCUCCGUCCCGCCGUCACAGGAAGUCCAGCAGCGGGGACGACACAGGACUGGGACAGGAAGGGGCGGAGACACACCCGGAGUCACGGACUGGGGGGAGUCAGGGGGACGCCACGGAGGAGGAGCAGGGAGCACUUGGAGGGGAGGAAGAGGAGAGGGAGGUGUUCAAAAAGGAAACCACAUCUCCAUCAGAGAUGAAGGAAACCCAUGAAGAAGAAGAGACGAAGAGAAACAGUGUGGCUGAGACAGAGGAAGAGGAUGGGACGUCUUCAUCACAGCUGAGGGGAAAGGAGGAUGAGAAAAAGGAGGAAGAAGAGAAAAAGGAGGAAGAGGAGGAAAAAAAGGAAAAAGAGGAGAAAAAGGAGCAGGGAGAGGAAGAACAAAAAGAAUCGACUGAUGGAAGAAGGAAGGAGGAAGAAAAGAUGGAGAGUUCUUCCCGAUGAGGAAUCGGACGUCUGAAUCGGAGCGAGGCCCCUGUGACAUUGAACCCCUGGAGUGCAGAGCGGGAAACCCUGUGGCAGAAACACUUUGGGAAAAAUGGCCGCUGAUGCCGGAGAGAGAAAUGUCGGAAAACUCUGAGCUACCGUUAGAAACUCAGAUAGGAAACUCUUCCCGAAGCUUAAGUGAAGCUCCAAAAGCAGUUUUUACUAAUAUAAGCUUUUCCACACUGUGACGCUGCAUUUCAUAUUUUUUUAAGAAUAAUGUGUGAAUGUGUUUUGUGUUUCUUGCUGUUUAGUGAUGCCAAUUUUUAGUGUAAAGAAUCAAAAUCAAAGUUUUAUCAAUGUUCAGAGCUGUGAGAAAAAAAACACGAUGCCCUAUUCUGUGGUAAAUAAUAAUAAAAAAAAACUUUUUAUAAACAUAAAUUGAAUUUCUUUUUGUUUUGUUGUUUUAACUGCUAACAAAAAGCUGCUAAAAAGUCACGCUGUGGUUACCCUACUUAUAAUACCUAAUAAGCCAAAACAAACCAACCCACUCUGAACUAAGAUAUUUAAACCAAGUUGGCAUUAUUUUUUGCUUGGCUUGCCUUAAGCUAAGCUAAAUUAGGAUGAUGUUAGAUGUUGGUUAGCCAUUUGAGCUUAGCUUACCAUGAUUAAAAUUAGCCUAGUUUAGCCUUAGAUUGGCAUACUCCGAUAAACUGAGCCAGCUAAAAUAAUCUACGAUAAUAUCAGUUUAAUUAGACGAGUUUAAAGUAACAUUGGUUAAGAUUAAUUUCUUUUAGUGUGCUACUUUACCUCACUUUACCUUUAAUUUAAUUUAGAACGGUCUAGUUUAAGAUGAAUUUAUCUCAGAUGAGCUAUGGCAGAGUCGCUUUCCUUAGUUGUUUAUUUUAAUCUGUGUCAGAUUAGUUAAAUUUAGUAAGAUAAAAACUUAACUAAUCAGCUUAACUAUUUCAGCUUAUUAAACCAAGCUAACCCUAAAGAAGCUAAACCACACAAACUUAAAUCAGGUUAACGGUCAACUUAAUGAUCAGAUAAAGAAAGAACAGAAGAUAAUCUAGAGUGGUAAAUAUCAUGGAUUGGCAAAGAAUGAAAAAAUACAUUUAAAAAAAUAAUAAUCAAAAAAAAUGGAAAUGAAAAUGAUUCAUUCAGAUAAUCAAAAAACAAUUUAAGGAAGAAAUCUGUCAAAUCUUUAACCUUUAAACUAGGAGUGCCCAAAGUGCAGCCCGACGGUCACUUGGAUGAUUUUGUGUGGACCCUUGUUAAAUAGCUUUUAGGAUGAUACAUUUUACACAAAAAAAAAUCUUAAAGUAGUUUAAAAAUGUUUUGUAAAAACACAUUUUUAAAUUAUUGCCCUUUUCACCCCUUUUGACUGAUUUUGUUUUUAAUCUUAAAUGAUUUACAAAACUCCUUAGAAUAAACUAUUUUGUUUGUCUCAGUAAAAUUUUAAAUGUAUUAGUUUAAGUGAGCAAAUAAAUGAUAAAUGUCACAUGAAUCUUUGGAUUUAAUGAAAAUAAAGUGUCGUGUACUGAGCAUGCUCAGUGAGGAUUUCCCUCGGCUGGCUGAGGAGAC